CUCUUUGACCUUCAUCAUAUGUUAGUGAAAGAUGCAACUAUGCACUAAAACAGUAUUUUCAUACUUUUGAAUUUUUUUAAAAAUCUAUGUGUUAACCCCUACGAAAAUAUUGAGUUUUUCAGUAAAUGUUCUACAUACUGAAACCUAUGAUCUGUAGUGUUGUUUUAAAAUUUCUAAAUACAUUCUACAUUUGUAUUAAUGUAUAUUACUUGAGGGUAACAAGAUCUUUUUCUCCUGAGAAAAAUUCAACUAUUGUGUUCUUUGCUAUUGGCGUCAGGCCGUUCAGUAGAACCCUGAUAUGAGCAAUCGUAUUGAGAAAUUUCAUAAUCUCCAAGGACACCGAGUUCUAGGCCGAUAUUGUAUAUCAUUUUAUCAUGCUAGAAGUGAAGAGGUACUAGAAAAAGAUUUGAGGGAAAAGAAGACAAAAUGACUGAUUUCCAUCUCUACAAAAUAACUAUGCAGUGGUUGUAGUGGUAUGGUCUGUUUUUGAGGACGCUUUGCAUACCUUCCUCAUAUUCAAAUCUAAACUUAAAACAGUAUUUGCCUAGAUCCGAACCUAGGAUCUUGCCUUUGGAAGUCUAGAUUUUAGGGAGUUCCUUGAUGAAUCAAGAGAUUGGUUGCUCCUUAGGGUUUGUGAGCCUUUGAUUAAAAGUAUUGUUCUGGAUGAGGAAGGAGUUGUCAAACUCCAGAGCACACACUCUCUUACAUGUUGGUGGAACUGAGCUGACUGGAGACCUUUCCCUUUUCCUGCAGCAGUGAAUUUUUGUGGACUCGUGAGGAAUCUUCAACAAGAGAAAAUGAAGCUUUCAGGUAUGUGAUAACUGAGAUAAGAAAAUGAGGGUUUAAAGGGAGGAUGAAAGACGUUUGAUGUUUGAAAAAUGCCAUUUGGAGGUCGUAGAGGAGUAGCAGUUGACUCUACACUGGACAGUGAAGUUGUUAGACGUCUCGGGGUCUUCCAUGCUGCACUAGACUGGAGGAUGGUCACUAAAUUCGGACCAUGUAGAUCCUAAAACCCAUACUAGGUAUUUAAUAGUGAUUGUAUGUAAGAGAUCAAACCCAUCUCACUACAAUAGUGAUAGGCACGGCACCCCCGGAUAUCUAGAUCCUGAAUACCAUCCAUCAAUCAAACCAGUACACGAAGAAGAGCGAUGCGUACAGGUGUUGACGGAAUUGGAAUUGAGCUGCUCAUCUCCAGAACAGCCACAGAGCCAUGUAUAUAUGUGAGGAAGAGGAAGCAUACUUAGGAGUAGAACCGAGGAACUACGUCGCUACUAUUUAAACAACUCACUCAUACCUUUGCCUUUACCAUUAUGUUUUGGUGUGUUUUGUCUUAAUACCCUAAUUAAAAGCCACAGAGCCAUGUAUAUAUGUGAGGAAGAGGAAGCAUACUUAGGAGUAGAACCGAUGAACUAUGUCGCUACUAUUUAAACAACUCACUCAUACCUUUGCCUUUACCAUUAUGUUUUGGUGUGUUUUGUCUUAAUACCCUAAUUAAAAGUUUCAGAUCUAAAAAACUAUAACUAUUUAAUUUAGCAGAAUUAUGAAAAUUAGACUACUAGAAAUAAAAAUUUUAUUCAUCAAAUAUUAAGAGAGAUAACUUUACAAUCCACAAAAAAAAAUUAACAAGAUUUCAUAUGAAAUUUGGUUACUAGAAAUAAAUUUUUUUGUGCUAUCUCAUACUCAUCUCUAUUUUGUAUGUUUAUUUAGUUCAAUAAAUAUAAAAUAAAACUAUCAAAUUCAAUGCAUGUCAAAUAUAUAUAUGAAUCUUUAUAUUUAUAACGCCUUUAGAGAACUUUUAUGGAAGUUUUAGUCAGUUUUUGUAGAUACCAUGUAUUUUAUGUUAUUGUUAGUAACAUUUUGCAAGCUUACUCUAUCUGAACAAAGACUUCCAAAAAUUAUGAUAUUAUCAUAAACGAAGUAAUAUAUCGUAUAUAUGUUCAAGGAAUUACCAUAACUUUUAUAUUGGCAAACCCUAUAACACAAAAAUUAUGAAAAAAAUUACAUAUAAAGAAACAAUCUUCUAAAUACCAUUAAUAAAGGGUAAAAUGACUAAAUUACUUCAUAUUCUAUAAUUUUAUUUUAAAUACCCUCCUAAAUAAUAAAUUUUAAACCCUAAUCACUAAUUCCCAUCCAAAUAUAAAACAAGAAUAUAUUUUUUAAUUAAUGCUAUUUCAAAAAAAAUAUUUUGUGUACUAUUUUUUGAACAAAUAAGUAAUUUAGUGUUAUCUAGUGUUUUCCUUUUUUUUUUAAUCUCAGUUUUCAAAUGAUAUUUCUCUGUCUGCGUUCCAUGAAUUGGAAAUCUGACUGAAAUAAAAUUCCUUUCCACAUACAAAUAACAAAUACAUCAAAUAUAAAUUCCUUUUACGUUACCGCGGUGGCCUUGAGUGUUAAGUAUACUUGUAUGAUUUCACCUUUCACUUCACAUUUCAGCUACUCUUUUAGAUUCUCCCUUUCCGCUAUUUUUUUUUUCCAAAAAAAAAAAUGAUUCAUCUAAGAAAAGUGCCAAAAUACAUUGUAACUCUCAGCUUAUUACUACCAGUUGCCUUGCUCCUAAUAUUCUUAUCAACCGUCGUUUCAUCUCAUUCACCAACCCUCCACAAAACGCAGCAUCUUACAUCCUCCGGUAACACCACCGACCUCCUCGUCGCCACUUUAAAUCAAACCAUCUCCAAGGUCAAUCUUUCUUCCUCAAACUUCUCCGAGCUCCAAACGAGUCUCGGCUCAAACCUAACACAUCGCGACCGUUGCGCGUUUGGUGACUGUCUCGAGCUACUCGAUGACACCGUCUUAGAUCUUAUCGCCGCUGUCUCGGAGCUCCAGUCUCCUUACCCGGUGUUCAACAGCGUCAGUAUGUUGCUCAGCGCCGCUAUGACGAAUACACGAACGUGUCUUGAUGGCUUUGCUUCUAGCGACGACGACGAGGACGAGAAUACUUAUGGCAAUAGUAAAACGUAUGGACUUGCUGAGAGCAUGAGGGAGAGUCUUUACAAUAUCUCUAGACAUGUCAGGGAAUCACUAGCUAUGCUUGAGAAUAUUCCGGGGAAAUUAGAGAAUGAUGUUGGGUUUCCGACGUGGGUCGACCGGAAACUCCUUCAGGAUCCGACAGAUGAGACUAAGAUUGAUCUGGUGGUGUCUCGAAAUGGUACUGGAAACUUCACAACCAUUGGAGAGGCCGUGUCGGCCGCUCCCAACUUGAGCGAGACCAGAUUUGUGAUAUAUAUAAAGUGUGGAGUAUAUUUCGAAAACAUUGAAAUACCGAGGGAGAAAACGACGAUAAUGUUCCUCGGAGACGGAAUCGGACAGACAGUAAUAAAAGCUAACCGCAGCGGCGCAGAUGGAUGGACAGCAUUUAACUCUGCUACUGUGGGCGUAAGAGGUAGUGGUUUCAUAGCUAAGGACAUAUCAUUCGUGAACGAUGCUGGACCGACCAAGCACCAGGCUGUGGCGUUGCGUAGCGGGUCUGACCUCUCUGCUUUCUACCGAUGCAGCUUUGAAAGUUACCAAGACACCAUUUACGUCCACUCACACAAACAGUUCUAUAGAGAAUGCAAUAUAUAUGGCACGGUCGAUUUCAUAUUUGGUGACGCAGCGGCUGUGUUCCAGAACUGUAGUCUCUAUGCUCGUAGGCCAAACCCUAACCAGAGAAUCACAUAUACUGCUCAAGGUCGAGAAGAUCCUCGUCAACCCACGGGUAUUUCUAUAAUAAACUGCAAGAUCUUGGCUGCUCCCGAUUUGGUCCCUGUGAAGACUGACUUCAAAGCAUACUUAGGUCGUCCAUGGCAAUUAUAUUCUAGAACGGUUAUUAUAAAAUCGUUUAUUGAUGAUUUGGUUGAUCCUGCUGGAUGGUUGCAAUGGAAAGACGAUUUUGCUCUUGACACUUUAUAUUAUGGAGAGUAUAUGAAUGAAGGCCCCGGUUCGAACAUGACAAACCGGGUCAAAUGGCCCGGUUUUAAGCGUAUCGAAACCGCAGUGGAAGCAACUCAGUUCACUGUCGGUCCGUUUAUUGAUGGUAACAAAUGGCUUAACUCUACAGGAAUUCCUUUUACUCUUGAUCUCUAAGCUUGAUCUUAUAUAUAGAAAUCUUGCAAUAAUAUUAAAAUGUAAGCAAAAUGUUUGGUAACACUUACAUAGCAAUUGUAAGUAAGGUGAUCAAAUCAUUUUAGACUAAUGUAUUUCCUCUUUGUAAUGAACUUAGUCUAGUUAAACCAUACAUCGAUUUGAUCGCAAUAAUCUAAAGAACUCACAAAAUCACCACGCGAUCUCGUAAACACAAAAAAAAAAAACUUACCAACAAAAAGUUGACAUAAUGGCUAAAAUUCUUGAAUCACCUAGUAGAGGUCUAAUUGUUUAUUUGUUUAAAUUUCACUG